AUGAAUCCACGGCAAGGGUAUGCACCAACGCCUCAUAGCUAUGUCCCGAACACAGCCCUUUCGGCUAAAAUCAACCUUGAUGAGGAGGUGAAGCUGACCGAGACGCGCGCCGAACGCGACUUGCACGACUCUCUCGCCGAGAUCUUCUCCAUCAUCAUCACCCUAGAUCAGCUUGAAAGAGCAUUUCUCAAGGAUGCGAUACCUGAAGCCGACUAUACGGAGAUCUGCGAGCGGUCUCUGAAGCAAUAUAAGUCUAUCCUCGCAGAUGACACGGUAGCCAAUGCCUUCGUGGGUCUGGAAGAGUUCAAGGCCGAGUGGGAGCUCGAAGUGCCCCGGGCGACAGAGCGACUCAAGGUGGGCAUGCCGUCGACGACCGUCACUGCCUCUACAGGCAAUGCACCACAGCCAACUGCACCGACGAAUAACAAGUCUGGUGCACUGAUUCUCGAAGCCACACAAGAUUUCAUCACCUUCUUAGACGCCCUUCGGUUGGGUCUCCUGGCCAAGGAUCAACUGCACCCUCUCUUGACCGAUGUCAUCCAAAGUGUUAACAAGGUUACGGACCGAGACUUUGAGAAUCGGGGCAAGAUUGUGCAGUGGUUGAUCACAUUGAACCAGAUGAAGGCGACGGAGGAGCUGAGCGAGCAACAGUCAAGAGAGCUCGAGUUGGACAUCAAUUCUGCGUACUUAGGUUUCAAGAACACCCUCUGA